GUCUAAAUUUUAAUAAACGCCAUUUUGAGGUGGAAUAAGCACUGUUUAAUCACUGCGUCAACCAUGAUAGGUGCGAGAUAGUAGCUUUGUAUCCAAUGUAGCUCAGUCGGAAGAAUGGAUCGGCCUGACUCGCCCAUCAUUGGAAGGGAGAUAAUCCUGAACACUGGAGGAGCAAAGCUCAACGUCUUCAGACUCAUCCUGUCGUGGUCCACGCCAACAACUGCAGUCAUGAAUGUAGGUAUCUGUGUGUGUGUUCUCCUGGCUGCUGUGUCCAGUGGUUCCCUGAGUCUGCCCUCACACUCGGUGAGAUCUGAGGGUGAGGCUCUCCUUUCAGACAGCCUGCCUCCCCCCUCACCCAACCACACACGCCACGCCCGCUCAGCUCCUGCGCCCCCCUCAGGGCACCUAGCCAACUACAACCAGCCGCAGGGGGACGUGGACGCUCGAACCAACCUGAGCCAGCUACUGGCCAGAAUCAUCUCCAGGAAAGGCUCUCCCUAUCAGACCAGAUCCUCCCUUGCCAGCAGAGCCAGUGGUCUAGCCCCCGGCCACAGGAUAAAGGACAGAGAUUACCUCGGCUGGAUGGACUUUGGACGACGCAGUGCAGAGGAGUAUGAAUACUCCUCCUAGAGGCAUGGCUUGCUUUCGCUCGAAACCUGAGUUACAACCCCCAACACCGCCAAUAAAAGUCCCCCAAAAUAAAGAGCCCUUUUCACACUGCACUUAAUGUAACCAAGGGCUGACUUGACUGGAUCCUAGAAUGAGUUUAGCAUCAUUAUAUAUAAGCAGAGAGGAAAUUUUUUUCCAAAGGGCACAUCCUGCAAUCUGUGGACCCUGGAUCUCCAUGCUGAAGUUAAGAGCACUUUCCAAACCACUCCCCACAGUAUGUCAGAAGUAUAUUUAAGCACAAUAUUAAAGGCUAAGGCUGAAAAAAGUCUAUAUUGUUGUUAUUGUCGGGAAAUCCUAUGAAAAAAAAAUCCAAACCAACAGUGUGUCAGUCCAUCUCUCAGUAUAUUCUGACUUCCCUACCCAGUCUGUGGCUCUCAGCCUCAAGCCUAUUUGUUCAUUUUGAAGACACAAGUCAUUAAAAAAGAAGCUCACAAAUAUAUAGCUUCAUUUUUAUGAAGACUCAGUAAUUUAGUAACAGCUGGGCACUGUAGUUUGUAGUUUAAAAGUUACUCAAACAGGAGGAAAUAUUGCAUUCGUUGGGAACUACUUUCAGCGGCAGAUUAAUACAGAUUUGGUGCUCUAGUGUGUAUUUCUGGAAGCAGGACGGUGUAUGUGGGAUGGAGUCAAAAUAAACUAGUGUGUGUGUGUUCAUGGCACUGAAGGAACUUGUCAGCCAGCGCAACACUGCGGCUCAUUGACGGGUUUUAAUAGUUUUUGGACAGCAAGGUGGCAUGGCACAGACGGUAAUUGAGGCUUUGGCUACACAGCUAAUACUUGUUAGACGAUUCAAUUCAUUGUUGGUAUUGGUGUUUUCAUGAAAUUUGUUGACAAUAAGAAAAGCAUAGAAUAUCACCAGACCUAUCCUUUGAGACCAACAGGAGUCAAACACAAAGUAAAGUUAACUUUUACUGGUGUUAAGAGCUCAGUUUGCACUUAGGUCUUGUGCAACAUUGAGCAAUAUCAUGAUUUUUAAAUGUUUUUUCAAUAAUUUCAAUAGCCAUUUGGAUGAGAAAAAACCUGAGAUUUGAAAAACCUGUUUCUUUAUAUAUAUCUAUAUAUUUAUAAAUAUAAAUUUCAGCCUCAUUCGAGAGAAAAAAUAGUGUCUUACGACUCAAAUUUAUGUAACUCGAAGUAGUUUUAAAGUGUCUAAUUUUACUGACAAUUCAGAAUGUAUUGAAGGCCUUUUAUUGGACCUUAAUGAGCCACUUAAGUGUCUUUGGCAAAGUGAACCAAAAGUGGGAUUUAAGUCUGUAUCUUUGAUUGGUACCUUAAUGCACUCAGCUAACUGCAGCCCAGAGCUUCAAUUCACUUCAACUUUACACAAGUGCAUGAUAAAAAAGUCUUCUCGUAUCAUACCAUCUGUAGCUAAAGAAAGUGUGGUAGCACAUUAAAAUCUUGCACAGGUUAACAUUAAAGUACCAGUAUGGAGUCAGUAAGAGUGUCUCUGCAUUGAAAGAAAAGGGGCUGAAACAGCAGCAACUUUUCAUCCGCCAACCCUGCCUGCUGAAGGUAACCCUGGGCUAAAAAUGUGCAGUGUGAAAAGCACAAGAUAUGUUUUAGAAAGCACUUUAGGUGGUGUCUACUGUAUAUGCGAUGCUUGGGAGUUUCCCAAUCAUUGCAUAAUCGGUGGAAGAUCAGGAUGAGGUUAAGUCUUGUGUAAUAAAUAUGUUUCUACCAACUUUCAGAUUCAAUAAAAUUCAAAAUAAAGCUCCAUUUUCCUCUGAUGUCAGCAAGAAAUGCAAAUGCAUUUGUUUGGGAUUAUGGUGUUAUUAUGUUUCAAGGACACAGUUGGUAUGCUGAUCCCGUAUAUGGGUGUCCAUAUAUGGGUGUCCUUCCAUAUGAGCAUUUGGUAUAAUUCACCAGUGCUUCCUAGAUUACAUGAAAGCCAGAACAUUAUCAUUAGUGUCUAUUAUACACAAUUGAUCAGGUUUUCCCAGGAUUAGCACUUGGAAUAAUGAAGUGGCCUAGAAGUGGCUCGGAAACAUAUCUUAAAUUUUAGUUCUAUAACUUUUAAAAACAUUGUCAGCCAUUUGUGUUAGUCCUUAUUAGUGAGAGUAUGGGCACAGAGCUCAUACUGAGGGUCUCCACAUGUUGACUGAACAACAUGGUAUCUCUCCUUCUGGGAAAUGAAACUAAGCUUCAUACACUGCAGAAAGCGAAGGGGGCACUUGCCUUAGAUCUUACAGUGGACUUCAACUAUAUGAUACCAGAUUUUGACAUGUGAUUUUAUGCCUCCAGGUGAAUUAAAUCAAAUGCUAAUGAAUGAGAAAAGACUGAAAGGUCAAGUGGAAGUGAAGGAAUUCUCUGCCACACAGCUGAACAUAAACCUGAAUGCACCUAGUUGUAGAGAAAAUGUCAUAAAAUCAAGCUUUUAGUUUGGAAAUACACCUCUCCAGAAAAUAGAUGAUCAUGUAUCUGAUGUAAAAAUUUUUGUUAAACAGAUAUGAAGCAAUGUAAAUGUAAGUGUAUAUGAUUUUUGAUGAAAACAACAUGAGAAGAGAAAGGCUUUUCUGUUGGGUUUUAUUUGUUCGAAGUGAAGCAAAGACCAGUCUCGAUUUAUCAAUCACUCUGACUGGGAAUGAAUAAAAUGCUAUAAUGACUAA